AAGGGGUUCCUUUUUUUUCCCUUUUUUGUGCGAAUUAAUCUUUUCACGUAACUUGUUCUUGUUUCCCAUUUUGCGGAUGUGAAGCAUGCCUUUUUAGUAGCAGCGAAAAUGAAGUUACAUAAAUGAAGUUACAUAAGAUCCAUUAGUCACUGGAAAAAAAAAAAAAAAAAUGCGAGGUGAAAAGAUACCCAUUAAAGAGGUGCAAAAGGGAAGAUUUUAAUUUUUUGUGCUAUUUCUCUGAGCCUCCAUGUAAGUUCCCCUUCGAAAUAAUGUUUUACUUGUACAAUAAAUUCACUUCCGCAUCGACGAGAAGUCAUGAGGAAAAAAAGGACAACAUCGUAGAUGCCGCGAAAAAUGCAACUGCUCGAGCUGCUGAGAAUGUCACCAAGGGGAGAAGCAACGAGAGGGACAAGAAGGAAGAGGAGGACGAUUUGUUUUGGGCGCUCGAGGAAAAUGAACGGCAUGACAAAGGAGAGGAAAAGGAAAGCGACGUUUUCCUAGCAGAUGAGAAAAUAAGCGCAAGAUGUUUUGCUUCGGAGAUUAGCAAACCGGGGGGAGACACUUGGUGGGAUGGCAACCCCACUUGGGGAGCGGUGGCUCCCCUGGAGGUCGAAGCUGGCACACACUUGGGUCAUCCGAGUGAGCAUCAGCAGAAUGGCUCCAAAACUGAUCAGACAAAGGAGAAUGCCCAACAGGGAGGUCCCCCGUGUGAAGAAUUUGACGAAAACGGUGACGAGUUUUUCAAAAUAGACCAAGACAAUUUUUCCUCCUUCACGUUUGCAGUUAGUUGUGCUGCUGAAUGGAAGGGGGAAAAGGAAAGCUUGGAACACUCGAACGAUGAAGCGAAAAUAAAAGAUUCCGCGAAUGGACAGCAGAUGGAAAACCCUUUUUCGGAUGGUUAUCCGUUUUAUGGUAGCUCCGAUCAUGUGAAGAUAAAUCAAUCCUUACCCCCCAGGGCUCCACUGGAAAGUGGGAAUUUAGACCAAACAGUGGAGGGAUGUCCACCUAGGGAGGAAGUGGCCGCGUUUGAGGAAUUUAUAUCGAACGAAAAUUUGACAAGGUAUUUUAAUAAGGGGGAAGAAUGCGAAGAGGAAAAUGAGGAAGGCAUAAAAUUUGAGGCCAAAGUUUGCACGCACAUCCAAGAGAGGGAUAAAAAUGAGAAAUGCAUUUUUAAAGAAGAAUCUGUGUUGCAUACACUGUUGGAGGGGGGACCUAUUGCUAUUGAUGGGGAAGGGGAAUGCCCAUUGGGGAUAGUUGCAGACGGUGGGGUGUCAUGUGAGAGGGGGUCCGGGGGAGAGAGCCGCAACACGGUGAGUUGUAGUAGAGGGGAUGGCGAAGGGGUAGAAGUGGGCUUCCAUAAUGGGGCAGAAAUGGACUUCCAAAAUGGGGCAGAAGAGGACAACUCCAAUGAGCCUCCCAUGUUCAAGCCCGUAAUGCCCGAUGACGAAGAAUCCGAGUGGAAUUUUUUCCAAGGUGUGCACUUCCCCCAAGAGUGGCAGAGUGCUACCCAUGAAGGUGCACACAGUGGUGAGCGUAGCGAUGGACGAAGUGGUGACUGUAGUGAUGGACGAAGUGGUGAGCGUAGCGGUGGACGAAGUGGUGACUGUAGUGAUGCCCGCAAUGGUGACUGUAGUGAUACCCGCAAUGGUGAUAGCAACCAUUGGCCGUUGGACAUCCCCAUUUGCCCCCAAAGUAGCGAAGACAAAUUCGAAGUCAAUUUCUGUUCGAAUGAAUUCCCCGGGGUAGCUAAUACCAAUGGGCAAGAAGAGGAAGGUAGGGACACCUGCUUUGAUAAUAAAAGGCUAGAAAAGGUAAGCGAAGAAUUGGAAGAAACCCCAAAUGGGAACCUCCCAAUUGAAAAUGCUUCUCACGUGGAUAGCGAAAGGGAGGAGGUACCACCAAAGGUGGAAGGUCAAAAUGGUAGAGAAAUUCGAAGCGAAAACCUGUUUGAUGAAGAGCAAACUUGUGCAGUAGAACAAAGUGGUGUAGCCGAAAAGUGGGACGAAGAAAAAUUGAUACAGAUAAGUACCUUCCAAGGGAGAAGCUUCGAAAUGGAUAAUGCAAAAAAACCGUUUGAUGUUUUUUUCUUCCCUGACGAUGCAGAGGAUGAAGUUGCUUCCAUUUCGGAGAAGCAUAGAAGGGAAACAUUUUUUUUUGAAAAUGAGGAAAAGGUAGAAGCGGUGAGCGUAGAAAGGAGCAACGAUGGGAAAGCUGCAUCUGUGGGUGAGGAGGUGCUUCUUGCAGAGGAGGCUGAGGGGGGAGGUGAGGAUGAUUUUUCGCUUUUCCAAAGUGAGGAAUUGGUGAGAGUUGUGGAAGCGGAAAAUGAGGGGGGCGCAUCCCUCCUUGAAAAUAAGCAAACGAUGGAAGUGGUUGUAGAUGCGGUGAAUAUGGUAGACAUGGUGAAUCUGCUAGACGUGGUGGAAGGCGACGGAGGGGCAAGCGCAAAGGAGAGGAGUUUCUUCGAUAGAAAAGAAACCUACGAGACAGAAGAAGUCGCGGAAGAAAGCAAGGGGGAAACGCCGCUUAAUGUUUAUUCAUUCGAAACGGUAGAUUUGAAAAGUGAAAACCCCAACGAAUUGGCCAAAAAUAGCACAUGCAUAAAGUUGGAGGAGUUAACUGGAGGGAAGGAGGUAGGAGAAAUUUUAUGCGAAAUGGGAGAAGACGCAGAGGGAAUUGCAGUGCAAAGGGAGGAGCAAGGGGAGGAAGAGAAAGGCGCCAAAGGGGACGAACCUAACAUCGAAGACACGAAUGAAUCGAAGGGAGACAGCCAUUUUAGCGGCAAAGAAGUGGAAGAAAUGGAGACAGUCGAAGUGGUUGGUCAAACUAAAAAAAAGUUUUACCCCCACCAAGGGGAAGAAGAUUCAGGCAAUGAUCACGAAUUAGAUGAGCAUAGCAAAUGUUUAGAAGAGGACCCAGGUGAUGAUGCAAAACAUAUGUUGGGAGAGAAUCUCAUAAAGGAGGAUGGUGAAGAAUUGAAUUCCGUUCUUUUUCCGAACAUUUCAAAUGAGCAAUUUGUUCGGGAAAAAGAUAAUGGGACGGAAAAUAAAUUAGAGGGCUUAUUAAGUGUGCCCACAAAUAUGAUGCAAAAAGGGAAUUUUUUUUUUGAGGAACAUGAAAGGGAGAUGCUCCCCACCCCCAGUAGAGACACUAACCCCGUUCGUGCCAACGAUGUAGAGGAAAAAAACAAAUGGGAGGAAGGUAGCCAAAGAGAGUGCGUCGAAACGGUUGAGAAGUCCCCAAACUAUGCGCACUUAUGGAAUGAAUUUUACGAAAAGGAAGCAGAUCAAUCGGUGGACUGGCAUGAACAGAUGAUCAAGCAGAAUGGGACGGAUGCGAAGCUACGGUUAGCAGAUCAGGAAAAUUUCGAAGCUAAUUUGAAUGAUAAAAGGGAGAAGAAGAAAAAAAAAAAAAUUAAAAAAUCCCGCAUGUUAUGUGAAAAACCGUUUGAAUACCAUUCGGGCAGUUUGAAAUAUUUGAAGGCCUUAAAGGAGCUACCACCGCUAGACUUUUUAAAGUGCAAAGAUUUGAGACCAUUUUUGCGCCUUUUUAACAUUGUUCUGAAGGCAGUGCGUAUGUUUCGCUUCAACGAGGAUUACAUGUACGUGUUGGCGGGAGACGAAACCGGGUGCGUUUACGUCAAGCUGGAGGUGAAGCACGAGAAGUUCUGCCAGGAGGACGAAACCUUCAUGCUGGCGAAUUGCUGUGCAUCUGUUGAAGGCGGUCAUGUCUUUUUAGAAAUUAACGAGUACGGGGAUAUUUUCUCGUUGAAGUAUAACCCCAUAGGGACUGUGAACAAGAGCGUAAAUUUUUCAGACUCGAAAUUUGUUUCGCUAUCGGCGUGCGGAAUUUAA